AUGUCGAUCCCCGUUGCCGGAAGUGUGCUUCUGCGCGACAAUCAGGCCGUUGUUGUCUUGUCGGUGGCACAGGAUGGCGCGGCGGCUCCUGGGGGACCUGGUGGGGGACCUGCAGACAACCUACAAAUGCUGCUGAAUCAAGUCCUCGCCGGGGACCAUGCAGUACAUGAAAGUAGACAACCACUUGCGCGAAAGCACCUAGCGGCAAUGGUCUGCAACAUUCAGAAAGGACUCCGACUGGCCCCUGUCGGAUUGCUGGGCAGCUGGAGUCCUGACGCCUCACGAAAGCUCCUACAUGCCCUGGCUCUCCCCAAAGUGAUCCGUCCCAAAAAGGAGACUGCCACAGCCUCCCAACCUGUCUUGCAGCUGACGAAUGGUACUUCAUCCUCGUCGACGUCGUCCACGUCUGACUCUUCCUCUGACUCUGACUCCUCGUCGGCAUCAGAAGAAGAGCAAUGGCAAGGAGUACCGAACCCGUCUUUAGGCGUUGCACCUGAAGUUGAUACUGAGUACGAGUACGUGCCCAACCCGGCCCUCAACAUUGCCCCCCCCCUCGCCUGUAGGUGGCGUCGUGGACAGUCCAGAGGAGGUUGCAGGAUCCAAUGGGAGCGCAAGUGUGGCAUCUUGGAAUGA